CGAGUAGGUAAACAGAUCCGGGGCGCGUGCGGCGCCGGCGCUGCGGCGGGCGAGCGCGUGGAGGCGGCGCGAAGGUGACCGCGGGGCCCCGCUUCCUGCCGCCGGCCCUGAGGAUGACUGCCAUGUUGGGGGACGCCAUCAUGCUGGUCAGAGGCCUUGCCAAGCUGGCCCAGGCGGCCGUGGAAACCCACCUGCAGCACCUGGGCCUCGGCGGGGAGCUGGUCCUGGUGGCCAGGGCCCUGCAGUCCACUGCCACGGAGCAGAUCGGCCUGGUCCUGGGCAAGGUGCAGGGUCAGGAUCGGCGUGAAGAGCCAUAUGCCGAGGGCUUCGAUGACCCGGAAGCAGAGUUCUCUGGGCCUCAGACCGCAGGGGCCCCCACGGAUUUCUCUGCGGCCUCCUCCCCUGACCGGUCGCCGCCUCCACCCUGGGACCAGGCCGGCAGUGAGGGCCCAGCUCCUGCCUACGUUGCCAGCGGACCCUUUAGGGAAGCCGGGCUCCCGGGCCAGGUUGCCUCCCCUCUGGGCACGGUGACCGGGAGGCUCUUUGGAGACCCCAGAGACCCACUCUCUGCCACAGGCCUUCGGCGAAGGUUCUUCCACCAGGACCAGUCCCCCAUGGGGGGCCUCACCGCCGAGGACAUUGAGAAGGCCCGGCAGGCCAAGGCUCGCCCCGAGAGCAAGCCCCACAAGCAGAUGCUCAGCGAGCGGGCUCGGGAGCGGAAGGUGCCAGUUACACGGAUCGGGCGGCUGGCCAACUUUGGAGGUCUGGCCGUGGGUCUAGGCUUCGGGGCGCUGGCCGAGGUGGCCAAGAAGAGCCUCCGCCCAGGGGACCCUCCAGGGAAGAAGGCCGUGCUGGACUCCAGCCCCUUCCUGUCCGAGGCGAACGCGGAGCGCAUCGUCCGCACGCUGUGCAAGGUGCGCGGGGCGGCGCUCAAGCUGGGCCAGAUGCUGAGUAUCCAGGACGACGCUUUCAUCAACCCCCAUCUGGCCAAGAUCUUCGAGCGGGUGAGGCAGAGCGCGGACUUCAUGCCGCUGAAGCAGAUGAUGAAGACCCUCAACGGUGACCUGGGCCCUGGCUGGCGGGACAAGCUGGAGUACUUUGAGGAGCGGCCCUUCGCGGCCGCGUCCAUCGGGCAGGUGCACCUGGCUCGCAUGAAGGGCGGCCGCGAGGUGGCCAUGAAGAUCCAGUACCCGGGUGUGGCCCAGAGCAUCAACAGUGACGUCAACAACCUUAUGGCCGUGCUGAACAUGAGCAACAUGCUUCCUGAAGGCCUGUUCCCCGAGCACCUGAUCGAUGUGCUGAGGCGGGAGCUGGCCCUGGAGUGUGACUACCAGCGGGAGGCGGCCUGUGCCCGCAAGUUCAGGGAGCUGCUGAAGGACCACCCCUUCUUCUACGUGCCUGAGAUCGUGGACGAGCUCUGUAGCCCCCACGUGCUGACCACGGAGCUGGUGUCCGGUUUCCCCCUGGACCAGGCGGAGGGGCUGAGCCAGGAGAUCCGGAACGAGAUCUGCUACAACAUCCUGGUCCUGUGCCUGCGGGAGCUGUUCGAGUUCCACUUCAUGCAGACGGACCCCAACUGGUCCAACUUUUUCUAUGACCCUCAGCAGCACAAGGUGAGCCCCCCGGAGCUCCCCGCUGUCGGUCCCUGGUGUGCGUCCCCCCAGAUCAUCAGGGCAGCCGCCGACAGGGACAGGGAGGCGGUGCUGAAGAAAUCCAUAGAGAUGAAGUUCCUCACAGGCUACGAGGUCAAGGCCAUGGAGGACGCCCAUCUGGACGCCAUCCUGAUCCUGGGGGAAGCCUUCGCCUCGGAGGGGCCCUUUGACUUCGGCACGCAGAGCACCACCGAGAAGAUCCACAACCUGAUCCCCAUCAUGCUGAAGCACCGCCUCGUCCCGCCCCCCGAGGAGACCUACUCCCUGCACAGGAAGAUGGGGGGCUCCUUCCUCAUCUGCUCCAAGCUCAAGGCCCGCUUCCCCUGCAAGGCCAUGUUCGAGGAGGCCUACAGCAACUACCGCCGGCGGCAGGCCGAGCAGUAGCGGGGCGAGGCGGGGGGACUGGGGCGUCCACGCGGGCGGCUCCGGAGAGGCCGCUGCUUCUAGGCGGUUCCGACCGCUAAGAGGGCGCGGGGCCCGGCCGCGCCGCCAGUCUGUGCGUGCGUGUGGAGCCUCUGAAGCAGGUAAAGAUAAGACGGCCUUCUCUCCUUUUUUCCCUUUCGGGCCCGGGGAUGUUCCUGAUGGAAUGUUCGCCGGAAGGUGAGCGCGUUCCCCGGGAACCUCUGCCGCCAGAAAUACCGAGGAGCCCCCGGAUUUUUACUGACCGUGAAGCCUAAGGCUCGUGUGUGUGCUUCUAGAAUGAGAUUUGUGUUUUCUGCCCUUCCCUCCAGCCUGUGCUCUGAGCAGGCCCUGCCCGCUCCCUGGCUGGUCUGUAUACUCCCGACGCGUGGAAGUUUCCGCAGAACUGACGCGGCCCGCGACGGGUGGGAGCGAUCCCGCCCUGGUCUCUGUGUGGGAAGUUGGUGUGGGGCCCCCCCUUCCCCCUCCAGGCCCCAGGGCUUUUGUGGAGGAGACGGAGGUGCAGAUGGCGCCUGCUUAGAGCUGGGGGGUCGUUACAGGCUGUUAAUUUUUGUACAAUUCUUGUAAUGGUCAGAUUUGUUUCAAUAUUAAAAAGAACACCGAAACUCACCA